UGGUGUAUGUGUGUGUUGACUGUGUGAGAGAGUUUGUAGUGUGGUUGUAAACGCUCCCAGCUCGGAUACUGUCACCGCCUUGCACCGCAGGCAGGCGCCGUGUUCCUACAUGCAAGUUACCGUCGCGGCUCCACAAUCGUUGGCCAGCAAUGACCGAAAGCCCCGCGACCAAGCCAGCCAACGGGGACGUGUGUCAGCGUGUGAAGAACGGACUGAAGCCGGAGAGAAACGGCUUGGUAAAGAGCCUCCACCGCUGCCAUGAGCGGCAGCCCAAGCACCACUGCCACCCCGAGGAGGAGGAGGUCCAUGCAGCAUCACAUCAUGGCGGCCUGUACCAGCGGCCCUUCAUCGAGUCUUUCGAGGAGACGCCCAUGCUGGUGGCGGUCCUCACCUACAUGGGCUACGGCAUACUGACCGUCUUCGGCUACCUCCGGGACUUUCUCCGUCACUGGAAGAUCGAAAGGUGCCACAUCGCCAGAGAGAAAGAGGAACAGAAGGACUUUGUGCCCCUCUACCAGGACUUCGAGAACUUUUACACCAGAAACCUGUACAUGCGUAUAAGAGACAACUGGAACAGGCCCAUAUGCAGCGUCCCCGGGGCCAAAAUGGACCUGAUGGAACGAGCCUCCCACGACUACAACUGGACUUUUGAUUACACGGGUCGGGUGGUGCAGGAUGUGAUUAACUUGGGCUCGUAUAAUUACCUGGGCUUCGCUGAGAACACGGGUCCAUGUGCUGAUUCUGCAGCCGAGGUCACCGCCAAGUACGGCGUCGGAGUUGCGAGCACCAGGCAGGAGAUCGGUAACCUGGACAGACAUGAGGAAAUGGAGAAGCAGGUGGCUAAGUUCCUGGGUGUGGAGUCAGCCAUGGCGUUUGGGAUGGGGUUCGCCACCAACUCCAUGAACAUACCAGCACUAGCUGGCAAGGGCUGUCUGAUCCUGAGUGAUGAACUGAACCAUGCCUCUCUGGUCCUGGGAGCCAGACUCUCCGGGUCCACCAUCAGAGUCUUCAAGCACAACAAUAUGCAGAGCCUUGAGAAACUGCUGAGAGAGGCCAUAGUUCACGGGCAGCCCAGGACUCACAGACCAUGGAAGAAGAUCCUCAUUGUGGUAGAGGGCAUUUACAGUAUGGAGGGCAGUAUAGUGCGCCUGCCGGAAGUGAUUGACUUGAAGAAGCGCUACCGGGCCUACCUUUACCUAGACGAGGCCCACAGCAUCGGGGCCUUGGGCCCAAGAGGGAGGGGUGUGGUUGAUUACUUUGGCCUGGACCCCUGUGACGUGGACAUCCUGAUGGGCACAUUUACCAAGAGCUUCGGUGCUGCGGGGGGAUACAUCGCAGGGAAAAGGGAGCUUAUUGAGUACCUGCGCUCCCAUUCCCACAGUGCGGUCUACGCCACCUCCAUGUCUCCUCCUGUGGUGGAGCAAAUCAUCACUUCUAUGAAGUGCAUUAUGGGAGACGAUGGCACAACGAUAGGCUGUGACCGUGUGCGACAGCUGGCAGAGAACACAGUCUAUUUCCGCAAGAGGCUUCGAGAAAUGGGCUUCAUCAUCUACGGCAACGAGGACUCACCUGUCGUACCCAUGAUGCUCUACAUGCCCGCCAAGAUAGGAGCGUUUGGCAGGGAGAUGCUGAAGAGGAACAUCGGGGUGGUGGUGGUGGGCUUCCCCGCUACGCCCAUCAUCGAGUCCCGGGCGCGCUUCUGCAUCUCCGCCGCACACACAAAAGACAUGCUCAACAGGGCGCUGAGUGUCAUCGGUGAGGUAGGAGACCUUCUUCAGCUCAAGUAUUCCCGACACAGAGUACAGCCGUCUUCGGCGCGGCCCUCUGAUGAUAACGUGUAUGAGGACAUUGACGACUGAUGAACCACUCCUCUCCUCAAGUGGCGUGAACCAGAACAGCCCCAGAAAAUCCAGAACGGGUCAAGAUGGAUCACAAGUCUUCCACAAGGACCGAGACGUGCACAGGUGCCCCUUGUCAGUAGCUUGCCAUAAUGUUCCCCGCCCCGACCCCCCAACAAAAGGAAAACACUUAAAACUAUUGUCUAAUUCUACUUUGCCUUACAUAUAAAUGCAGAACUUGUGGUGCACAAACUGAAAAACAGCACUCCUGCUAUUUCCUGUGUACUUUUUAUUACUUUUUAUCACUCUGUGUCUAAGAAUUUUAGUCUUGUGUGUGUGUCUGUCUGUCUGCAGCGCUUGUAGCAUUCGUCCUGUUAAGCCUCGUGUAUGUGAAGUGGACAAAUGGCAACUUUCCAAAUGUCUCUCAAAUUGUGAGCCGUUUGGAUUUUUUUUUCAUGAUUUACAUCUAAAAUUAACUUUAUUGGGGUCAAGUUUUAUAUCUUUCUAAACAGCAGUCAAAGCCUUGUCCUUUUCAUCCAGCAGCAUUCAGAUUAGUGAUUUAUUGCCAUAGGCCAAAAGCAGAUAGCACUGAAUGUUGCAAUGUUUGCACAGGACCAUGUGAUUGAUUCCUGUCGGUGAGAUUGUUAGCAAGUACAAAGUGAAAUGGUUUUUAAUGAUUAUAUAUUUCAUGAUCCAGGUCGAGACUUUCUGCCAUGACACAGUUUUUAAUAUCAUAGUGUGUUAUGUUCUGACGUUAAAAACCACAACGUCCACCUGGCAUUCCUUUCAGAUUUGUUUUUGAUGGCAAGCUUUUAGUUUUUUCAAAGAUUGUUUUGGAUAUUAACACAGACUUGUCUUAUUAUUUAAAAAGAAAUCAGAAAAUGUUCUAAAAGGCUCUGCUCCUUGACCUUAGACCUGACUUCAAGAAACAAUAUUUCAACCAAAUGACAUUUUUAGUCAAAAUUACAUUGUUGUCAUUCCAUCCUUGGUUCGUCUAGACAGGAUACAAAUACAGAACAUCAGAGCUGAGCACGGCACUUCCAAAAACAGUGGUGCUGAUGUAGCAUGGCGCAAAAAUUUGCCAAAUAUCAGAAGAUGUUAAACAGCAGAAAACUACCCUGAUCAAUGACUUAUUGUAAGGAAACUUUUAUACAUGGUUGCUUCUUUUCUUUCUUUAUAGACACUGUAAUAGGAUAUUUUGCAUCUGAUAACCAUUUUAGAGGGCAAAAAUUACUGAUAUAGUGAUAUGUCAAUACAAAUGUACUCAAAUGUAUGAUUUAUCUUAAUGGGAUAACUUCAUCAAAGAAUAUUUAACAUUAUACAUACAAUGUAUUACAGUACAUUGUCAAACAAGUCUAGAAAUGAAACUGAGAAAAUAAAGAAUAAACAGACCAUUUGAAUAAAUAAAUCACCCCAAGCAUUGGUUUCUGCAAUAUAUGUUGUGGGAAAAAGUUUUUGUGCAUAAUAAUCGUGCAUAUUGAUACCAAUAUGCCUUUGAUAGGCCAAUCUCAAUCGAUUCAGUACCAAAUAUGAUAAAUAUGAAGCUACAAAGAGAAAAGUUCCAGCCUAUAACUCCUCAUAAAACUAUAAAAAGUCAUUUCUACAUUUAGUUUUUUGUGCCCUGUUUUCAGUUUUUAUGCCAGCCUCAAGCUUCAUAUUCACCAUACAGACACAGGAGUGGUGUCAGUCACCUUGUCUAAAUUUAAAACAAAGCAAAUAAUCAACUAUUCAGGUCUAGCAUGAUUAGCAAUCAUAAAAGCUAUGAAAACAAAAAGUCAUCAUCUACGGGUUUAAAAAUGUAUUUGCCUCAACCAACACCAGCUCUGGGUCAGUGCAACAGUGCCAAAAUGGAGAUGAAUCCAAAGUACUAGUGUGCAUGUCAUUAGCCAUGUUACUGUAGUGUAAGAGAGUAAAUUGCCUACACACACAACAAAUGCAAACCCCUAAAAUCACCGAGCAUAGCUGCAUCCAUUCCAAAUGCAAGAAGGGAAACACUCACAAAUUGACAGGUAGUUUUGUUCAUUUAUUGAUUUAUCAAUUAACAUAAUCUUGUUUCAUUGACAUUACAACUGAUUCUAGUAUUUAGCAUUUUCCAUCGACAUUUAAAAAUAUGAAAGAAAAUCAACUAAAUUACUUAAAUCCUGCUAUUCAAAACAGCAGGAUUUACAACAAACAAUUUAAUUGUUUUAGGUACAAAAAUCUGUUUAAAUGGAUACAAUAGAGGGUAUCCAUCAUGUGUCAGUGGUUAAGUAGCAUUUUUUACUGACUAAUAAAAUAAUAGGUUCUUUGAAAAGCAGCAGUAGUUGAGUAAAUUAGUCUGUAUUCAGACUUGAAUGAAGUCACUGCUAUUGAAAAAGAAUGGAAAUGUCUAUAAACCCUCAUUGUGCGUUACACAUGGAUUUGGCCGGCCUCAUUCCCACAGCUGUUACAUGUAUCCUUCACUGGAAUCCUUCAGUGUGAUUGUAUGUUGUUGUUCUUUUUAUUUUGCCAACUCUCUUCUGUAUUGUACAGUUAUAUGUGUUACAGAUGACCUCAAACAUCAAGUUAAACAUUCAAAUGAGUCUUAAUUUUUUAUUCAAAGACCAAUAUCUGCCCAACACACAGUCCAGUUUAUUGGUAUCAGAGUUCUAGUUUAAACUGUAUAAAAGAAGUGGAUGUAGCUACCAUGACAUCACUCACUGGAUUGUGGACUUUUGAAGCUUUGAAGCAUUGCCAUCUUGGUUUUUUGGUGCCAUAACUGACUAUAUUUGAAUGAGAGGGUGGAGCUAGAGGGGAUUGCGGGGUGGAUCUGACCAAAGGCUGUAGCCAUCUGUAAUUCAUGUUAACUGUGAUAUAAAUUAGGAUGCUAAUUUUGGCUAGCAAAAACAGGCUUAAAACAAAAUUCAUGAUAUCAUAUUAUUAUAACCAUAACAAUGCUAUCGCUAUUUAGCGAUUCUGCAAUACUGGAUACAAUGCAAGACUAUAAUCUACGACAUAUCACCAUAUUUAGAUUAAAACGUUUAAAGGAAGGAUACAGCUCAUUUGAGCACCACCACAAGGAGCCAUUAAGUAGGGACUCUGGUUAGCCAAAUUGGCUGAAAAAAACUGAAAAUACACCAAGAAAAGACAAAAAACAUGGACAACAGUAAAAAACACAUUCACAGCUAUUUAAAUGUACGCAGUGGUAUAGAUUGCUGUGCUUCUGUCCUGAUGAAUCGGUUGCGGACUUGUCAAAAGGUAGCCACACCCUAAAGCAUACCCCGCUUUAUUAUCUAUUUUAUUCUAAGAGGGACCAUAAUUCACCAGUUGACCAUUAUGCUGUAAUUAGGAAGACUUUAAACUAGCAAUUGAGACCAUAAACUUCUUUGGAAAAUAAAGUAAUGAGUCAAGUGAGAAAUAGCGUCAUUUUCUCGUUGACUACAAUGACUAAUACAAUCUCUCUAUUCACCUGUAAGACAUUCACUUCUUUUAUACAGUUUAUAGUCUUCAGUCAGGAAAUGCAAAAAAAUUAAAAUUAUAAUUAUAUACUUAUAUCUUCUAGCAGGACAGGGCAACAUCUAAACUUGAAAGACUAGUUUUGAUAUCACUGCUGGUUGUAAUAUUCUUGAUUUCUACCCCAUCUCUUGGGUGCUUAUUAGAAAUAACCUCACUGCUCUGUGUCUGAUAACGUUGAAUGCCUUGUAAAACAAAGUGCUAUCUUUGUGCUGUGACGCAAAAGUGAUGAAUAUCUUCAAUCAGUGUGUGACAAGGGAUGGUUGUCUGUGCUAAAUUGCCUGAUUUCAGCUAUUAAUGGGUGUGCUGCUGCACUUUAGAUAGCUUUUCUUUGAACUACAUACUUGGCUUUUGAACUUUGAUUAGUUUUUACAUUGUGCUAUUGAGCUUUGAGACGACACUCCUAAAUGAAGGCAGCUGUAACAAAAGAUCCCACAUGCAUACAUUCCCACUUGCAUGUGUGCACACUGACAAGUAUUGUGUAACCACUCGUUCAUCAUAUUAAUGCAUGUACAGUAAGAAUUAGUCAUUGAAGCUGCUCUGCACCACACACAGUGGUGCUCAAUGAUAUACACUGUUCUGCUAGAUGUGACUUUUUUGAAUGUUGACAUAAAAAUUCACUUCAUUCCACAGAAAGUUGACAUGUCUGU